AUGGUCAAACAACUGCGCAAGUUUGCAGCGACCAACAUGAUAACUAAGGUGGAGAAGCGAGACUCCGAGACCACUCUGAAAGCCCUCUCCGCGGAGGCGGAGUUCCAUUGGGUUUUGAAAAAUCAAGUUGGACGACUGGCUCUAGAACUUGCUGACUUUUGCGAGUCUCACGCCAAACUUCUCGAGGGCGAUGCUGUCCUUUGUCUUUUCACGCGGGGGGUGAGGCUGCGUGUUAUUGCCGGGGUGUGUUCCGUGGAGUUGGGUGCGCGUUCUGGCGUGCUGGUGUGGCAGGUGGGGUGUUGUGGGAAUUUGGGUGAAUUCAUGAGGGGAUGCAGAUUUUAUCAAUGCAUUAACAUGCGCGAAGAAAAGCGACGGCGUGCGCGUGAUGAGGAGUUUUCUGCAGCCAAAAAGAGACGUGAUAACUCCCCCAGUGCUCAUCACGCUACUUCGGGUGCAUCUACGUCCAAAUCAAGAGGCCAUAUACCGGUGUCGGAACGUCAGCAGUUUGCACUUUUAAAAUUAAUGGAGACAAGAACUUCUCCAUCAGAUCGUGGGGCGAAACAAGUCUGGGAGGGUCAAGAGCCCAAGGUCUGUGAGUCAGAGAGGCCUCCCCCUGCCCCUCCGCCACCAGCCACCAAGGGACAGCCAGCUGCUACUCUGACUGCCACCACUACCACUGAUGGCUCUACGCCAGGCCGGUAUAGCAGCCCAUACCAGGAGUCCGGUCAUCAGGUUGAUAGGUCAAAGGGCAUCCACAACCAUUCCCAUUGCCACCAUGGCCACGGUCACUCCUCGUCGUCAUCCUCGUCCCACCAUUCCGGUUCUCGAAAGUCCUCUCAGCAGCAGCAUCGUAGUGGGGGCUCUGAAUCGCCGCUCAUGCGAGUCUCCAAAAAGGGCGACCUUCUGACGCUUAAAAUGAUGGUGAAAGAGGGUGCCGACGUGAAUGAGCAAGACGCCAACGGUCGGACGGCGCUCCAUGAAAGCAGUUUGCAAAAUUUUCUGCAUGUUGUGAGCUACCUCCUGAAGCACAAUGCGAACCCCAACGUGCAGGCCGUGCCUCGCAGUGGUGGCGGUACAGGAACUGGUGACACACCACUGCAUGAGGCUACUCGUGAGGGUCACAUCCGUAUAAUUCGGGCGCUGUUGCGCUAUGGCGCCGAUCCAAAAAUCUGCAACAAUAAUGGUGAUCGACCCACUGAUCUUUGCCCCAACGAGGCUAGCCAGCUCGUCUUCAAGCAGAGUAAUCAGUCUCGUGACUACCCGGUCAUCACAAACACACCGGCUGCGUCAUCCGUCCAGGUGAAGAAGGCCUCUAUCACAUCCACAUCAAAGUCUCCACCGCCACCGCCUUCGGAAGGUCACCAUCAGGUUCGAAGUUCCUUUGUAGAGGAACAGGGUGGCAGUGGUGGCGGUAGUUGUACCAAACGACGAGGUAGUCCCGACCUCUCGAGCCCAAGCCCAGCCUGUGGUCAGAGGCAACAACACCCCACCAAAAAGGACCCCUAUGCCUUUGACGACGAGGAGGUGGAAACUACGUCGCAGCCAAACGAGGUGAAUGUCGCUCAGGCGUCGACAAAUGCUGCGGCCACCACCUCUUCUUCACCGCUACAGCCACAUCGCUUCAACACAACAUUUGUGCCGACUGGUACUACCACCGUGGCCACUGUCAUCUCCUCUUCCCUCCAUAUUAACACGGCCCUGGGGGAUACCCUUCAUUCGGCUUCGUCCUCUGCCUCACCGAAUGCAACUGUUAGUGGUGGGGUCGCCGGAGGACCGCCACUGAAACUCCGUUUUGCUAUGGAGGCCGGCCACUACACCGUUAUGGAAAAUCAGGAAAAUCCAUCAGAACAGGCAGCUGUCGUCGUCACUUCCUCUACUGCUGUCACUGCUGCCGUGCCUGCUGCCGCGUCUACAAUAAUUGAUGUACCACCCGUACAGGAGGGGGUGGUGAUCACCAAAGCAGAGGAGUUGAACCAAAGCUCGUCCAUGGAUGCAAAUUUCAGGAUGGAAUCUAAUCUGUCAGUUUCGUUGGAGGAGACGGUUGAUCGCGAUAGCGACAGUGGGCGAUCGCCGAAGGUGCCUCCCUUGCGCAUUAAGCUGGGCAACAGUACGCCUCCGCCCUCCUAUUCGCACCUUUUAUCGUCACUUCCCUCUGAAUUGGCUCAAAACGAAAGUAGUGCAUCUAAUAGUGGAGAUACUGCAAAGGAGCCGACCCUGGGGGGCGAGAGGAAACAGGAUAUUGAUGACGAUACUUCGACUGCUGUGCCGCAGUUGAAGCCAAAGUCAGAGACGUCCAGCGAGUUGGCGGAGGGGAAAGAGGGGGGAGAUGUACAGGAUGGCAAUGAAGUACCGAAAGUUGAACAGGAAGGAAUCUCACUUGCAGUCACGGAAGACGAUGAGGAAAAGAAGUUGGCGGAUGCAAUCCCUACUUCAACAUCGCAUCAGACAAAACGCGGAACCGGUGGUGGUGGAAAAGUGGUCAAAGUUGCUUCUUCAAGUGAUUCAACCUCUUUGAAAAGACAUGCUGCUCCAGAGUCGGGCGAAGUCAAGUUGAAGGACAUGAGUGAGACGAAGGUGGAUGAUACGUUUAAAGCUCGGAGCUUCCGGACACUUCGCUCACAUACAGCAGCACAGCGCGAAAAAGAAGAACGUGAAAAAAAUUCUGACGUGGCACCUCUGAAGAAGCGCAAAUACCGCUCGAAGGGAAGCAACGGUGGCAGUAGCGCGGAGGGUGGCGGUGGCGGUGAAGCCGACGCUGGCAAGUCGACGGACCACGAGGACGCGGGUAUUGCGAACGAGGCGUCGUCCCUACCCUCCAGCUCCACCAAUGAGGACACCGCGAUACCAGGGACGGCUGAGGAAGAGGUCCAGAGCCCUUCUAGCGAGGCAAUCACCGCCUCUUCUUCCUGUGGUCAAGAUCAGUCCUCUAAACCUGCACGCGUUUUUGAUGACCCUAACAAACCCAGUGCUGUGGGCUGGGGUGAGAAUCCUUAUGAAAAGGCCUCAGAACUCAAUCGUGGGCUCUCCGAAUUGAUGGGGAAGCUGGUGGAAUUACAACCAAAGGAGCCAACGGGCUACCAAGACUACCUUCUUGUAACUCGGGACUACCUCCUUGCUGGCAAUAUUCCUCACCUUAUUAUUCGACGCCAAUGCCCUCCUGAACUUCCUCAAGCACUGAUCGAGUUAUUUGAAGAACAGGAGGAUGAGCGUCACACACAAGCACUCAAGCACCAGUCGGAAAGGAUCUAUGUGCGGCUUUUUCUGCAGGAACAGCUUCGACUGUGUGCCGAGCAGUCCGUGCUUAGGGCCCAGACAAGAGCCACGAUUGCCUUAGCCAACCAGCCCCGACCCCUUUCCUUCUGCUCUGUAAUGGCACUCAAGGGAUUCACCUACCUGCCUGCCUUCAAAGACCCUGAGCAUCGAGAUGAGGAAAGUGUGAGGGAUCGUUUCAAGGCCCGAACUUUAAUCGGUUGGCUCCAAGACAUAAAGGACAACUUCCAUAUGGAAAAGAAGAAGCUUCUUUGCCGCCAAUUACACGAGGCUGAGUCACUAAUGAUGGUGCAGAAAUUGGAUUGGGAGGUGAAACUGAAGGAGCUGCAUCUGUAUGACCAUCGAAUGAACAUCUUUGACCAAAUACCCAGUCAGCACGUACCUCUCAUCGGCGUGCCAAGUGACUUUCCUCUGUUCGUGCAUGACCCCAUCCAACGCCCUUCCUAA